AUGUCGAAACCGACAGUGCUACUAAUCGGCGGGUUGACCCACGUCAACAAGGAAUGGGAGGCAUUUGGCUCAAAGUACAAUCUGAAAGAGUUUCGCACAGGCACCCGUGAGGAAUUCCUCCAGAAUUGUAAAAAGGGCGAAUACGAUGAUGUUGUCGCUCUUUACCGAUCUAACACUUCGGUCUCGGAGACCGGCCCUUUCAACCAAGAACUCGUGUCCGUCCUGCCGAAGUCCCUCAAGUACAUCUGUCAUAAUGGUGCCGGCUACGAUAACAUCGAUGUCGACGCUGUAACCAGCAAAGGACUACAGGUCUCCAGUACGCCCAUUGCUGUAGAUGAUGCAACCGCUGACAUUGGCAUUUUUCUAUUGCUGGGCGCUCUCCGACAAGCUUGGCCUCAUUUAGCAGCGAUCAAGGCCGGUGGGUGGAAGGGCCAGGCCCCUCUUGGCCAUGAUCCCAAGGGGAAAGUCGUCGGGAUCCUGGGAAUGGGUGGUAUUGGGAGGGCAUUUGCGCACCGCGCGCGAGCAUUCGGGGCGAAAAUUGUCUACCAUAACCGUACGCGACUGUCUCCGGAGCUCGAGGGAGAUGCCGCUUAUCUAUCAUUCGACGAACUACUGGCCCAGUCAGAUGUACUCAGCCUCAACCUGGCUCUCAACCCCAACACGCGUCACAUCAUUUCCGCUCCAGAAUUUGCCAAGAUGAAGGAUGGAGUGGUGAUUGUGAACACCGCCCGAGGCGCUUUGAUGAAAGAAACCGAUCUCGUCGCUGCCCUCGAAAGCGGGAAAGUGUCUGCCGUGGGGUUGGAUGUGUUUGAGGACGAACCCAUCGUGAACCCGGGACUGGCUACGAAUCCCCGUGCUUUCAUUGUACCCCAUCUCGGAACCAGCACGAUCGAGACCCAGCGAGAUAUGGAAUUGUUGGUGCUGAACAACUUGGAAAAUGCAGUUGAGAAAGGGUCCUUGUUGACUCCGAUCUCUGAACAAAAGGGCAUAUUCGGGAGUCUUUCAUGA